CCGAAGCCCCCUUUUAUUGACGAACAGAAAGAGAAAAACUCAAAUCCUUUUCUAAUUCUAAGUCCUAAUCCAAAUCCCUAAAUUAUAGAUAAAAAUCUAAUCUUACUCGAAAUCGAAAUUUAGUUCUUCACGCAUCUUCCCCUUUCAAGGCUCCCCUUUCAAGGCUAACUUCAUACCUCUUAAAGAUCAGGACUACCAAGUUGAAUUGAUUUCGAAAUCUUCCUCUUCGGUUCUUGAUGAAGAUUUCGAAUCUGAAAAUUUCUUCAUAUUGAUGCCUUGGUCUAUCCAAACUUGAGUAGAUUUAUGGAUAAACCAAGAGAAUUUGGGAAUUUUGGGAGAGUAGCUGGCGUUUGAACGCACUGAAUUCGAGGCCUUUUGUGAGAUGCCUGGAAUCAAUGAAAUGUUCAAAGCCUUUAGUGAAGAUUACAGGAAAAGAAAUGAAGAAAGUUCAGAGAUGCAAAAUCUACUCAAAAAAUAUGAGGGCUUUUGUAAGGAGCCCAGAAUUAUUGAUGAGCUCAAAGCCUAUAGUGAAAAGUGCAGGAAAAGAAUUGAAGAAAGUACAAAGAAAUGGCAAGAACUGUUCAAGAAAUUUUUUGAGGAGGGAGUUACUGAGAGGUUCAAAGCCGUUUGUUUAAAGGUUAAGGAAGAGGAAGAAAGAAAAAUCAAUGAAGAAUACAAAAAGUUUUGUGAAGUGUGGAAGAACCUUGAAAUUGAAAUGAUUCAAACGGGGGGACUAGAAGGUGUCACUGACAUGAAUUCAAGUAGCUUUGGAGCAAUGGGAACCCCAUUUGAGCCAGAAGGGAAGUUGAAGAGAAAAAGAGAGGAAGAACUGGAUGUACCCCAUGGGGACAUGCCUCCAACUUCUUAUGCUACUCCAAGUCAUUCGACUCAUUCCCCAAUUAGUGGGUUUAUGGCUGAGGCUCGCCAGAAUUACUGUCAGGCAGCCACUGCACUGGCUACUCAAGGAUCUCUGUUCUCAACCAACGAAGGUACACAAAUACAAACAAGGGAGGCUUCUCAUGGUAAGGAGGCCUCCACCUCAUCAUGGGCACCUCCGCAGGAGGAGCUGAAUACUUUUACUUAUGAUGAGCUUGGACAAGGGAGCAUUGAAGAACUUAGUUUGGAUGAUCUCCAGCAGGAUGUAACACUCGAUUCUUCUGACUGGGAUACUUUUGUAAACUCUUUGCUGGAACCUGAAAUGUUUGCAGGAAAUUUGGCGGAUCCUCAAAUGUUGCGUCGGUUGCCAUGAAUUCUACUGAAACUGGUGGAGGUAGUAAAUUAUUUUAGUACUGAGUUUGCCAUGUCUUAAAUUUUUUUGGUAUAUAUGGAGUUAGUAACUUGGUAUUACAUGACCUCUCUCCUAUUAUGAGAAAACUAUGAUGUAAUAUUGGUUAGUCUUCAUUGUUAAUACUUAUUUCUAUACUUUUUUAUUUAAUAUAUUAUGACAUAGAAU